UAGCGGUUUGUGAUGAGCAAUGCAGCCUUCAUGGUGGGGUUUGUGAUAAUGGAGUUUGUGAGUUCCGAUGUUCGGACUAUGCGGGAUAUACUUGCCAGAACAGCUCAAUGCUCCUCUCCAGCCUUUCAGUUUGCAAGGAAGUGUUGGGAAAGCGUAUUUCUGGGCAGCAUUGUGCACCUAGUGAACCUAGUAUUCUGCAGCAGCUAGAAGAAGUGGUUGUCAUGCCCAACUACCACCGACUAUUUCCUGGUGGUGCAAGGAAAUUAUUUAAUAUAUUUGGGAGUUCCUACUGUGACGAGGCGGCUAAACGACUUGCAUGCUGGAUUUCCAUCCAAAAGUGCGACGGUGAUGGAGACAACAGGCUUCGAGUAUGUCAUUCUGCAUGCCAGUCAUACAAUCUAGCAUGUGGAGCAUCACUGGACUGCACUGACCAAACCCUAUUCAGCAGCAAAAAGGAGGGUGAGGGUCAGUGCACUGGCUCCGGUGAGUUAAAACUAUCAUGGUUUAAUCGCGUCUGGAGUAGUUUUACCUUAAGAGAUAGUUCCUCCAAAGGAAUAUCUGUAAGAGAUAGUUAGCUUCAUUUUUUUUCUCUUCUUGGGUGGUUUUAGGUUGUAGUUUCUUUUGUCUUUUAAAUAGGGUCAUUGUAAAGAAAAAUGGUGGUAAGCAACACCUUAGGUUUAGGGAUUGACUUUACUCAUCCUAAAUUGUCUAGUAGGUUGAAUGGAUGGGGAGGUUACUGAUUUGGCUUUCAAAGAGAGCCUGUUGUAGAGAAAAUUGAGAUCUAUGGAAAGGGUAUAAUAGUAAAUGAGAUGAAGAAAGGUGUACCCAAAAAAAUGUGAUAAAAAAAAGGAAAAAAAGAAAAAGAAAAAAGAUGAAGGUUACAUGGUUUAACAGUGUUUUGGCCGAAGGCCCUUUAAAAUGGAAAGUUUUUGCU